AUGGAUGUACCAGCAGUUAUUGGAACAUCAAGAUGGACCAAGUCAGUUAUGCUCAAGGCGUGCAAGGUUUUUGGGGUUAAUGUGGUGGGGUUCGAACAUGAAAUUUUUGCCAUGGUUCUUCGAAUGGAGCAAAAAAGACAAGAACAAGUUCAGAAGCAGAAAACUACAAUCAAGGCAAUCACAAAAGGGAAGAAGAAGCAGUCUUUAGAACUGGAAAGGCUCAGAUGGGGAAUGAAUUAUAAUGACAUAGUCUGCCUUCAAGAAACAAAAAUAGAAGAAUGGCCCCCUCACUGGAUCAGGCAAGUAUGGGGCAACAGAUGGGUUGAUUGGGCAGUACUAAAUUCAAUUGGGAGAAGUGGUGGUAUCAUUGUUCUUUGGGACAAAAGAAAAUGGCUCAACAGAGGAGUACACCAAGGCCAUUACACAAUUUCAUGCAUGUUUGAAAGUGCAAUAGAGAACUUCAGAUGGUGCUUUAUAGGGGUUUAUGGACCUUAUAACAACUCAGAAAGAGAGAUUCUUUGGCAUGAACUUGCAGCCAUCAGAGGAAUAUGGGAAGAUCAAUGGGUCAUAGGUGGUGAUUUCAAUGUCUGUAGAUACGAGAGUGAAAGAUAUAACUGCAUUAGGAGAUCCAGGGCCAUGAAAUCCUUCACUGAUAUCAUACAGGAUCUGGGCAUCAUAGACUUGCCUCUCCUGGGAGCUCACUACACCUGGUUUAGGGAAUGGAAUGACAAUUUCAAAGCAAUCAAGCAAAUAGCCCUCCCUAGAGUUGUCUCUCAUCACAGACCUUUGCUGCUUCAAUGUGGUGACUGGGCAGCCAACCCUUCAUAUAAGUUUGAAAAUAUGUGGCUUCAGGCUGAAGGAUUCAUGGACAAGGUUAAGGAAUGGUGGCUCAGCUAUGCAAUUGAUGGCAGUCAUGACUUCAUUCUGAUGCAGAAACUAAGGUGUCUGAAAAAAGACAUCACAAACUGGAACAAGGAGUCUUUUGGCCAGCUGGAAGCAAGGAGGACCAAACUUUUGGAAGAUCUUGCUCUAAUGGAAGUAGCAACUGAAAACAGACUUAUGACACAAGCUGAGAAAGAAGUUUCAAUGAGCAUUAAGCUGGAGCUGCAACAUUUGGCAAAGGCAGAAGAGGUCUCUUGGAGACAAAAGUCUAGGUGUCUAUGA